GUUGGUGAGAGCUUGUUAUUUUCCUUCUAUAUAAAGCUAAGGAGAGGGGAAAGCGAGUCCUCUUAUCACCAGUUGCUAGGCAGCUACGCACACUCUAUCUCUUCUAAUUUGUCUCUAUCUUUUGAGCGCAAUGCUAAAUAUGUUGAUGCACCGGCCCGUCUCUGGGACCAACACCAGCAUGGCAACUUCGGACCGGAACCUUUUGGACCGGCUCAAAUGGCAUCAACCACAGCAGGGUUCCUACUUUACUUUAAGCAACCGUUGCUAUGCAAAUGAUAGCUAUCUACUAGCUAGCUGUAUAGACCAAGAAAACCGCCCCACAACCAUCUGCAGUAGCUAUGGGAAGGACAAGGAGGAGGAGAGCAAGCAGCAGCUCAAUAACCGCUAUACCAUGUUGGGCUCUUCUCCGUUGCAGAAAGAGAGCACUACCAGUGCCUCUAAGAAGAGGAAGGCUGACGCAUUUCAUAGUGGAAAGGUGGGUUGCACUGGUGAUGGCACAGUAUUGGUGGUGAAGCCAGAAGUGGAAAACCAACAAUCCAACAGUAACGACAAGAAGAAAGAAACUUCGGGUGAGAACUCAAAGGAGAAUUCAAAAGCAUUGGCGCCGAUGCAGGACUACAUCCACGUGAGAGCUCGACGGGGCCAAGCCACCGAUAGACAUAGCUUGGCUGAAAGAGUAAGGAGAGAAAAGAUCAGCGAAAGAAUGAAGUUUUUACAAGAUCUUGUGCCGGGGUGCAACAAGAUAACGGGCAAGGCUAGCAUGCUUGAUGAGAUCAUCAACUAUGUUCAAUCGCUUCAGAAACAAGUUGAGUUUUUGUCGAUGAAACUGGCCAGUGCGAAUUCAACACUCGAAUACAAUAUCGACGAAUUCUUCAGCAAAGAGAUGGACCCAGUUUCGAGCACAACUUGUCCGCCAGCUGGGAUGCCAUGCGAGCCCGUGGCCCUAUCCUAUCUUCCGUUCAACAACUCGGAGCAAGCAGUCGCACGAGGUGGGCUCGACAUGGCCUUGGAUCAUCCAGAGUUGGCCCUUCGCAGGACCAUGAGUGCACCUGCAGCAGUGCCAGAAGCAUUCAUGGAUUCAUGUUACACCGUAACUACUGUUAAUGGUUCGUCUGUCACCUGGGACACUAAUAUGAGAAGCUGCUACGACAUGAUGAAAGAACCCAUCGGUAGCUUCACUGAGAAAACGAAAUGGCUGCAUCAUUAAUGGCACGACUCGAUGAUCCUAAGGUGGAGUUAAUUCAUUCAAUCUUGGAGCAAAAAUGUCUUGAAUCCUGGACACGGAGAUGCCUUGUAUGCUUUUCUAACAAAAAAAAAAAGGGAAAAAAUCAUGAAAAAUUUCAACUGCUGUACCUGCUAUUACAAUAUGUUCAACAACUUACGCAAUAAGCAGCCAGCAUUUUGUAAUUUGGAUGAAUCCUUA